GCACCUGACAGGAGGAGAUAAUUCUGGAAACACAUGUUCACGGAUACAGCCGAUCCGCUUGCGAAAUCUAGAAGGAUAUCCUGGAGAAACUAUUGUUGACAUCAUACUGACAUCAUGUAUUUGACUGUCUGUUGUAUGACGAGGUCCAGGGGACCCCAACGAUACUUUAAGAGGGCUAUGCUGAGGAGAAUGUCAUGGAAUUUCCUGCGCCGAAAACGGAAUUGUUAUGGUAUCUCAAUUCGCUCAGUGAGACGAGCACUCCAACAUUCAAACAGAGCACGUUCUCAGAAAAAGAAGAGCAUGAAACAGCUGUGGGAGACAAGAAUAUCAGCAGCAUGUGGGGAGCAUGGCAUUGGACUGUCCCAGUUUAUGACGUCUCUGGCAGAGUCCAACAUUGCCCUUAACAGAAAGGUGUUGGCUGAUAUUGCCAUUUAUGAGCCAAGGACAUUUCAGAGCUUGUGUGAAUUUUGCAAACAAAGGUCAAGUGAAAUCGGUCUUGGUGCGGCAACACUAUCAGCGCCAAGUGGUGUCAUUACAAGAGGCAUGCUCUAGCCACAUGGCUGUAUGACCAUGAUGACGAGCAGGUUUUGACUGAUCUGAAUGUAUGGCCGAUACAGAAUGCAUGGACAGCCAAACAAACAAAGCCAAA